AUGACCCCACAGGAGAGAAUGAAAGCAGCACAGCGGCGCGCCCAAGAGAAGCUGAAUGAGCAGCGAAAAGAAUACGAAGCCACCGCCAUGCAAGGCGGUCUGGCCCCCAGCAGCGCAUUUGGAGGCGAGCUGAAACGAAAGUUUCACCCAGCCGGCCUGCUGGCCGAAGACGCCUUCGCCAAGCGCAAUCCCAGCAACAUGGACGUGGCUCUCAAUCCCCGGCCCGAGGCUCGUCUGAGAUGGCAGCGCAAGAUGGUCAUCCGCGAGAUCAAGCACCGCGGCCGAAUGAACAAGACGGUGCGCAUCGCCAGAACCGAACGCGAACACACGUCCCGGUCGCACUUUUUCAAGACGUCGAUGAAAAAGCUUGCCCCCCUUGCCCGCCAGAUCGCCGGCAAGUCAAUCGAUGAGGCGAUCCUGCAGAUGAGGUUCUCGGAUAAGAAGGUCUCUCAGGACGUUCGGCAGCACCUCAUCCAAGCUCGCAAUGAGGCCAUUGUCAUCAAGGGCAUGGGUCUUGGGCGUGCUGGAUCCGAAACAAACGCCGACUUGCACGCCGAUCCGAGCGAGACGCCCCCACUCCCGCACCAGACGCCCCUGAAGACCUACAAGAAGGGCGAGGCUCCUGAUCCGACGGACAUCUAUAUAGCGCAGGCGUGGACCAAUCGUGGGCCGUACGGCCAGGAACCGGAUUACCGUGCUCGAGGACGGAUGUACGUGAUGAGACCACCGCACACAGGUCUGACGGUGCUGUUGAAGGAAGAAAAGACGCGGACCAGAGAGAAGGUCGAGAAGGAGGCGAAAGCCCUGAAGAAACGGACCGGCAAGAGCAUGUGGGUACACCUGCCCGACCGACCCGUCACCACCCAGAGACAACAUGUCUUGUGGUAG